CAGGUUUGCGCUGGCCCCCGGACGCUGCUGCUGCCCCCGCGUGAGGCCCUCCAGCAGCCGGGCAUCAUAGACGGCCGGACCCAGGAGGACCAGCCCUCCGACGGGGGGCUCUCGCGAGAGCCGCGGCUGCUGGAGCAGCCGCCGCCGGCAGUGGCGGGGGCGCCCCCGUGCCCGCCGGAAGCGGCUGGCCACGAGGAGGAGCUCGGCGAUUACUUGACCCGCCUCGGAGGCAGGGGCAGCCUGGCAGCCCUCGAGCUGAGCGUGGCAGGGCUUCGGUACGGAGACCUCGAGGCUGACGAGGCGGAGGAGCUGCGGCAGUCAUUGGCGCGCACCGCGGCCGCGGCCCUCCACGUGGACCCCGGCGGGGUGCUCGACAUGCAUGGCCAGGCCUCGGGCCUGUCGCUGGGCAGCAGGGGCGCCGCGGGCGACCUGGUCGCCGACGGGUUCCUCAGGCUCCCCCCCGGCGGCACGGUGCGGGUCGCUUCCGAGCAGCUGCGCGGGGACGGGUCCGUGGUCGCGCUGGUCACAGAGACGGGGGAGGGCUCGUACUUCGAGCUGGACAAGGACAGCGAUGGAGCCUUCAGCCACGAGGAGUUCGUCGCCGCCGCCAAGGCGUACCUCGAGCCCAGCCUGGACCUGUCCGAGCCCGCUGCCGCGGACCUCUUCCGUCUCCUGGAUGCCGACCUGGACGGCAGGCUAGACGGGGACGAGUUCUUCGCGCGCCGCUUCCGGGCGUGCGCUUUGCCGCAGGGCGGCGCGGCCGCCGACGCGCCCGCCGCCAGCUGAAUUCGGAGCCGGCGACCGCCCGCACCCGCGACGCGCGCGCGCCGCGCGGAUCCCGCUGGCAGCCCCCUGGGGCGCCUUGCCGUGGGGCGCCGCGGACCCCGCCGGUGUCCGCUUGCUGAACGAGGCCCCGGCGCUGAAGCGGCUCGCGCUGAAG